AUGUCAUAUCCGUGGUAUUCUCCUCCACCUCAGGCCCAGUCACACGAGCGUUCACGGCGGCAUCGUGACUGGGGCAGAGACCAUCGCAGCAAUCGCCCGCCACCAUACACAAAUUUACCACAAGAGAGCGAAGGCCUCCUUGGGAACCCGCAACCGGAAUACGGGUCGGUAAAUACGAAUGGUUCAGCCAACGGCCAGCCGGCGAAACGGACCAGCCGACGGGCUUUCUGGAUGUGGAUGGUCGCGGCCUGCAUCAUCGGCUAUCUCACCAGUUACCACGUCCUUUCUUCCUACUACCAGAGUCUCCGCAGCGGAUGGACUCAGGAAGAGGCUCGCCAUGCGGACCUCGUGAAACAGUGGACCGCGGAGGAGCGGGAACACGAUGCUCUCAGAGUGAAGAUGCAGGUUGAGCGAGUGGCGAUGAACCUCGAGAGGAAGCGAUGGGACACGGAGUGGGAAGAGCACGAUGCUCUCCGAUUGAAGAUGCAGGCUGAGCGAGAGGCGAUGGACCUCGAGAGGAAGCGAUGGGACAAGGAGUGGGAAGAGCAUGAAAGGCGCAAGGAGGAGGGGAGGAAGGAGGAAGAGAAACAGAAGGAGGAGACUAGGAAAGAGGAAGAGAAACGGAGGGAAGAGGCGAGGAAGGAGGAGGAGAAACAAAAGGAAGAUAAGAGGCGGGAGGAAGAGGAGCGAAGGCGGUCUGAACGCCACGAGAAGGAGCAGAAAGAGCGCAGGAUGCGAGAGCAGCUGUUCUGGGUUGGAUUUGGCCCGUCCCAGUGCGUAAAGUAUGGCACCAGGGAGUACUCUGCGACCCUAGGGGGUCGGGUCCCUCUGGAGUAUGACACGAGAAAGGAGUGUUACGAGAAGUCUGCCGAGAUUCAUGGACGAUUGGUGAAGCCUACCCGGUGCGAUGAGCAGGAUACAUGCGGCAGACCCCUGGCUCGGUGGACCGUCGACUUCGACGAGGCUGCUUGCUCCACUUGGUGGGGCUAUUUCCAUGAUAAGGGGUGUUAUUCAACCGGCAAACGUCACUUCGAGGCGCCGUUGGAGAACCUUCAGUCCGAAGACUACUGGCGAGAUAUCUGUGGAACCACCCCAGCGACAAUUAAGAAUGUAUAUUACAGCAGUCCUACCUCUUGCGCGGAAUGGGGUGGCCGUAAGUGGGGCAUGUGGGACGUAGAUGACGGGAGCUGCGACUGA